CGGGCCUCGCCCCAUCUUCCGGUACGAUUCUCCCUUUUUCUUACCAAAAUAAAAUCCUAAAAUAAUAAAACUCCCUCUAAUUCGUUCAAACCCUACUCCCCAAUCUGCGACAACUCUCAUACCACCAGAUCCCCAUAUAAGUGAUUCUUACUGAUGUUUUGUUGUAUAUUUGGAGAUCGUAUACUUUGAUUGCUGGGGCGUGCAUUCACCUUCCGACGUACAAGAGCAACCCACAAGCAGACUUGCCCUGGUUUGUGGAGCACUUUUGAAUUUCUGAUCAGUGGUAAACUUAUGAAGUGCUUAAAGUAAUUCAAAUUGCUGAAAGUUGUUCCCAUGGGCGCAGACAAGCAACAUGGCAGUCCAUUUCUUGAGACCCUCAAAAUGGAGAGGGUCAGGACAAUUCUGACACACUCAUACCCUUAUCCUCAUGAGCAUUCAAGACAUUUUCUGACUGUGGUAAUAGUGGGGUGUCUAUUCUUCAUCUCAUCCGAUAACAUGCACACGCUCAUACAUAAGCUGGACAGCAAUAUUAAAUGGUGGUCCAUGUACCUCUGUUUAAUUGGUUUUUUCUAUUUCUUUUCAUCACCAUUCAUCGGGAAUACAAUUAAACCAAGUUAUUCAAAUUUUAGCCGUUGGUAUAUUGCUUGGAUUUUCAUAGCAGCUCUCUACCAUCUUCCUAGUUUUCAGUCAAUGGGAGUGGAUAUGAGAAUGAAUCUUUCUCUAUUUCUUACAAUAUAUAUUUCAUCAAUCAUUUUUCUUCUUGUUUUCCAUCUAAUAUUUCUUGGACUUUGGUACAUUGGGCUUGUUGCUCGAGUGGCUGGAAGGAGACCAGAGAUUUUUACUCUCCUACAAAAUUGUGCAGUCAUAAGUAUAGCAUGCUGUGUUUUUUACACCCAUUGUGGUAAUCGUGCUGUUCUGCGUGAGAAAUCUUCUGAAAGGAAAAAAAUUAGUCAAGAAAAUUUUCCAUUUUGGAAUCAAGAAGAUGGAAACAUCUGGACAUCAAAAUUUCUCCAUUUGCAUCAGUUCAAAGAUCAGGUUUGCUCAUCUUGGUUUGCUCCAGUUGGAUCUGCCAGUGAUUACCCUCUUUUAUCUAAAUGGGUAAUUUAUGGAGAGUUAGUCUGUACUGGAUCAUGUGCUGGGCCCUCAGAUGAAAUAUCCCCAUUGUAUUCAUUAUGGGCAACCAUUAUUGGCCUUUAUAUGGCUAAUUAUGUGGUGGAGCGGUCUACUGGAUGGGCUCUAACCCACCCUUCAACGCUAGCAGAAUCUGACAAGUUCAAGAAGCCAAUGAAACCUGAUUUUCUGGAUAUGGUUCCUUGGUAUUCAGGGACGUCAGCGGAUUUAUUUAAGACAGCAUUUGAUGUCCUAGUAUCUGUGACACUCUUUGUUGGCCGUUUCGAUAUGCGUAUGAUGCAGGCUGCAAUGCAGAAGCUUCCCAAUGAGGGCAAACAUGAUGAUCUUUUGUUUGACCAUUAUAAGAAAAAACAGGAUCUUUGGUUUGAUUUCAUUGCAGAUACUGGUGAUGGAGGAAAUUCAUCCUAUGCAGUGGCCCGACUGCUGGCUCAGCCUUCUAUUCAGGUUAAACUAAAUGGUUUCAUGGAUAGCCUUCCACGUGGAGACUUGCUCCUCAUCGGAGGCGAUCUUGCGUAUCCUAAUCCCUCUGCAUUCACAUAUGAGAAACGCUUUUUUUGUCCUUUUGAGGAUGCUCUUCAGCCUCCACCCUGGUAUAAACCUGAACAUAUUUCACUGCACAAGCCGGAGCCUCCUCAUGGGUGCUCAGAGCUAGAUCAGUAUGACGGACCUCAGUGUUUUACUAUUCCUGGCAACCAUGACUGGUUUGACGGGCUUCAUACAUUUAUGAGAUACAUAUGCCAUAAGAGCUGGCUAGGUGGUUGGUUUAUGCCUCAGAAAAAAAGUUACUUUGCACUGCAACUCCCAAAAGGGUGGUGGCUAUUUGGGCUGGAUCUUGCUCUUCAUGGUGACAUUGAUGUAUACCAAUUCAAGUUUUUUGCUGAACUAUGCCAAAAUAAGAUUGGAGAAAAUGACACUGUAAUUGUUAUGACCCAUGAACCAAAUUGGAUUCUGGAUUGGUACUGGAACGAGACUACAGGGAAAAAUGUCUCUCAUUUAAUAUGUGACUAUCUUAAAGGAAGAUGUAAGCUGCGAAUGGCUGGUGAUUUGCACCAUUAUAUGCGUCAUUCUGCUGUUCCAUCAGACAAGCCUAUUUAUGUGCAACAUUUACUUGUCAACGGGUGUGGGGGAGCCUUUUUACACCCUACACAUGUGUUUAAAAAUUUUAACAAAUUCCAAGGUUCUUCAUAUGAGAGCAAGGCUACUUAUCCAUCUUACGAGGAUUCUAGCAGGAUUGCAUUGGGAAACAUCUUAAAGUUUCGCAAGAAGAACUGGCAGUUUGAUAUUAUUGGUGGCAUUAUCUACUUUGUAUUAGUUUUUUCUAUGUUCCCGCAGUGUAACCUUGUUCAUAUCUUUCAUGAAGUUUCAUGGCCAGGCCGCCUCAAGGGUUUCCUUAGCACCAUGUGGAGGGCAUUUAUGUACAUGUUGGAACAUUCAUAUGUAUCUCUAGUUGGAAUGCUAGCAUUGAUGUUGUCAACAAUUUCUUUUGUUCCUUCAAAAUUGUCACGGAAGAAGCGAGCUGUAAUUGGAGUCAUCCAUGUAUCUGCACACCUAACUGCAGCGCUAGUUCUGCUAAUCCUUUUGGAAUUGGGUAUUGAGAUAUGUAUUCGUAAUCAACUGCUCGCUACUUCAGGUUAUCACACUCUCUAUGAAUGGUAUCGGUCCAUGGAGAGUGAGCACUUUCCAGAUCCAUCUGGACUUCGUGCUCGCAUGGAACAAUGGUCAUUUGGACUCUAUCCUGCUUGUGUAAAGUAUCUAAUGUCUUCUUUUGAUGUCCCUGAGGUCAUGGCUGUCACAAGAACUAACAUUUGCAAGCAAGGGAUGGAAUCAUUGUCUCGCGGUGAUGCCAUAAUCUAUUAUGCUUCUGUUUUCCUGUACUUCUGGGUCUUCUCAACUCCUAUAGUAUCCCUAGUAUUUGGAAGUUAUCUAUACAUCUGCAUUAACUGGUUCCACGUACAUUUUGACGAAGCAUUUUCCUCUCUCCGGAUUGCUAAUUACAAGGCAUUUACUCGCUUUCACAUCACAGAAACUGGCGACCUUGAAGUCUUUACCCUGGCUGUGGAUAAGGUUCCAAAGGAAUGGAAGUUGGAUCCAGAAUGGGAUGCUGAAUCAAAGCAGACUCAGGAGAUGAGCCAUCUCAGCAGAUUUCCAAGCAAAUGGAAAGCAGCUUCUGGUCCAGAUCCCACCACCUCUGUUAGGAUUGUAGACCAUUUUGUCAUUCAACAAACUCCUACAAACUCCAAUUUAGGAGCCAGAUGUUGAUUGGAUACUUAUUAAUUCAUUAACAUAAACACUCAUCUGACCGUAAAGAUGUAAAUUUCUGGUGUAUUCCAAAAUACUUUUUUUUCCCCUCAACCUUAAAUCUUGUAAAGGCCUGCUGAGGUAGCUUUCAUGAUAGGAAUGUCCUUUCACACUUCAUUCAUC